AUGAUUGCGAAAAGAAUUGUAGUGAUAGGAUUUUUAACCGUUUUAUCGAGCUAUGUCUUGGAAAUUGCAUCGGGGCAGAUCGUGUACAGUAUAUUAGAGGAGGUGAACGUGGGCACUACAGUGGGAAAUAUAACCAAAGAUAUUAACCUCUCUUUAAAAGAACUAAAAUCUCGUGAAUUCCGCCUCGUUUCCGGUGCUAAAAAGCAAUACAUGAGAGUGGAUACAGAUACAGGCGUGCUGCGGGUAAACGAACGGAUUGACAGAGAGGAGCUCUGUGAGUCCGCUGUCUCUUGCUCAUUUAAUUUAGAAGCUUUGGCCAAUAGUCCCCUACAGCUUUACCAGGUAAGAAUAAAUAUUGUCGAUGUUAACGAUAAUUCUCCUGUUUUUCCUGUUAGUUCAACUUAUCUAAAUAUUACUGAAAUCACUGGUACUGGGGCGCGCUUCCCUGUGCAGAGCGCGCAUGACGCAGAUAUUGGUGUCAACUCUGUGAAAACGUAUAAGAUCGAUUCUAACGAAUAUUUUAUAUUAGAUUUGCAGACACAGAGCGACAAAACUAUCUCCACUGAACUGGUGCUUAUUAAAGCACUGGACAGAGAAAAAAUUCCUAAUCUUGACCUUUUAAUUACUGCCGUUGAUGGCGGAUCUCCUGCUUUGACAGGGACUUUAACUAUUAAAGUCAAUAUUCUAGAUGUUAAUGACAAUGCACCUGUAUUUACAAAAUCUUUAUACAAAGUCUCUGUAGCCGAAGAUACUACUGUUGGGACCACAAUUAUCAGUGUACAGGCCAGAGAUUUGGACGAAGGCUUAAAUGGCGAAAUAAUGUAUUCUUUUAUGAGUCACACGUCCCAAAAUAUUAUGAACAGGUUUGAGAUAGACAGUGAAAGCGGCAAUGUGAAAAUAAAAAGCGAAAUUGAUUAUGAAGAAAAUAAUGCCUUUGAGAUUCGUGUUCAAGCCAUAGAUAAGGGUAAUGUGGCUAUGUCGGGACAUACCAAGCUGUUAGUAGAAGUUUUAGAUGUAAAUGAUAACCAGCCGAUCGUGACUGUGACGUCACUUCUUAACCCAAUAGAGGAGAACGCGGCAAAGGGCACGGUUGUUGCUUUAAUUACAGUAUCAGAUAUGGACUCCGGAAAAAACGGUGCAGUUAAAUGUCGACUUGAAGGUCCCAGUCCAUUUAAAUUGCAUUUAGCGUUCCAGAACUACUAUUCACUGCUCUUAGAUGACGGACUCGAUCGGGAAAAAGAUGCAGAGUAUAAUAUCAAAGUUAUAGCAGUGGAUGAAGGAACCCAACCUCUAUACAGUACAAAAGUAAUAAACGUCAGAGUAGCAGAUGUUAAUGACAACGCUCCACGAUUUUCAGAUAAGAUAGUAUAUGCUUACUUGAAGGAAAACAGUCAAAUUGGUUCAGUUAUAUACGUACUGACAGCGAUAGAUCUAGAUAUUAAUAACAAUGCACUAAUAACGUAUUCUCUAUCGCAAACCACAAUCAACGGCAUACCAGUUUCCUCGAUGUUUUCAAUUAAUAGCUUCACCGGUGAGAUACAAAACCUACAUGCUUUUGACUACGAGAAAACAAAAUCAUUUCAGUUUAAAGUUCAAGCCACAGACUCUGGUGUUCCGCCACUGAGCAGCAACAUCACUGUAAAUGUUUUUAUCCUGGAUGAGAAUGACAACAGUCCGGGGAUUCUUGCUCCCUAUUCUGAGCAUGGCUCUGUUCACACUGAGAAUAUUCCUUAUUCUGCUGAAGCAGGUUAUUCUGUGGCCAAGAUCAGAGCUGUAGACUUAGAUUCUGGAUAUAAUGCACUGCUUUCUUAUCACAUCUCUGAACCCAAAGGAAACAACCUCUUCCAAAUUGGAACCAGCAGCGGAGAGAUCAGGACUAAGAGGAGAAUGAGUGACAAUGAUCUGAAAACUCACCCACUGGUCAUUUUGGUUUCUGAUAACGGAGAGUCCUCACUCUCAGCCACUGUGUCUGUUGAUGUUGUGGUUGUUGAGAGCACAGAUGAAAUAAAGACUCGGUUCAAACAUGUAACAAAAAAGGAGGACAGUUUUUCAGAUAUAAACAAGUAUUUGCUUAUCGCUGUUAUAUCAGUUUCAGUGAUAUUUUUAUUAAGUCUGGUCAGUGUAAUUGCUGUAAAAUGCUGCAGGACCGAUGGCAGUUUCAGCAGUUACAGCGCCCCAGUGAUCACUGCACAUCCUGACGGAAGCUGGUCUUACUCCAAAUCUACUCAGCAGUUUGAUGUGUGUUUUAACUCGGACACGCUGAACAGUGACGUUGUGUUUUUUCCUGGACCAUUUCCACGUGCAGAUGCGGAAUUGAUCACUGUAAAUGGAGAAGACAGUUUUAAUAGAACACAAACACUCCCUAAUACGGUGAAGGUAAGAAUUUGCUUUAUACUCGGAUUUUUAUUCAGAGUGAAUUCCUUUUUAAAAUACGGGACGUAUUUUGUUACAGGGCAGCAGCUCUCCUACACCGUGUCAGAAGAGUCGAAAACCGGGACAUCAGUCGGAAAUAUCGCAAAGGAUUUAAAUAUUAAUGUACAGGAACUGGAGUCGCGUUUUUUUCAAAUUCUCGCCGGAUCAGAGAAAAAAUAUUUCGAGGUAAAUCCAAAGACUGGAUUUCUUUACGUUAAUGAGAAUAUUGACAGAGAAGCGCUUUGUGCUAAAACGAUUAAAUGUACAUUAAGUGUUGAGGCCGUUAUUAACAACCCUUUAAAGCUUUACCGAAUUGAAAUUAAUAUUCUGGAUGUUAAUGAUAAUGCGCCUACUUUUAGUGAAAAUUCACACACGCUCGAUAUCGCAGAGAGCUCACUUCCUGGAGUCAGACUGCCUCUGCCUCGGGCCACCGAUGUAGAUGUUGGGAAAAAUACUGUAAAUGUGUACAAACUAACUUCAAAUGAAUAUUUUACAAUAGGGAUAUCCAAAGAAGCAGAGCAGAGCGUGUCUGCAGAGUUAGUACUGCAGAAAGCUUUAGACCGAGAGAAACAGCCUGUAAUCCAUCUUUCACUAACCGCUGUUGAUGGAGGCACCCCACCAAAAUCUGCAACAUCUCAAAUCAUAGUGAAUGUGUUAGAUGUAAAUGAUAAUGCCCCAGUAUUUAGUAAGCCACUUUACAAAACAUCUAUACCUGAAAAUGUCCCUGUUGGCACUACAGUUGUCGUAUUAAAUGCAACAGACAGCGAUUUAGGAUUAAAUAGUGAAAUUUUCUACUCUAUUAAUAAAAGAGACCAGGACAAAAUAUUAUCCAUUUUUGCCAUUGAUACACAGUCUGGAGCCUUAACAGUGAAGGACAAAGUAGAUUUCGAGGAAGACAUUGCUUUUGAAAUCCAUGUUCAAGCCAGUGACAAAGGACACCCUCCAAUGGCCUCACACUGCAAAGUUCUAAUUGAGGUGUUGGAUGAAAAUGACAAUGCCCCUGAAAUCAGAGUAACGCCGCUGAUGCAGACUGUUAAGGAAGACUCCAAAAUUGGUACUGCCAUUGCACUUGUGUCAGUGACUGACAGAGAUGGUGGUAAAAAUGGUUUAGUAAAUUGUAUUGUCUCUAACAAAAUGCCAUUUAAACUUGAGACUAAUUACAAAAAUUAUUAUUCUCUAUCAAUAAAUGGUCCAUUAGACAGAGAAAGUCAGUCUCAGUAUAACAUAACUCUUACUGCUAGUGAUGAAGGGAUUCCGCCUCUCACCAGCACAACUGUAAUUAAUGUACAAGUUUCUGAUGUGAAUGAUAAUGCACCAAAUUUUCGAGAGAACACCAUUAAUGUUUACCUGAAGGAGAACAGUAAAGUUGGGGCUGUUAUUAAAACUUUGUCUGCAUUUGAUAAUGAUAUUUAUGAAAAUUCACAGAUUACUUACUCUCUUCUAGAAAUGAAAACAAGCAACCAAAUUCCCGUAUCUAUGCUGGUCAAUAUAGAUUCAGUUACAGGAGAGAUUCACACCUUAAAAUCAUUUGAUUAUGAGGAAAUAAAUAUCUUUCAAUUUAAAGUUCAAGCUACAGACUCUGGUUAUCCUCCACUGAGCAGUAACAUCACUGUAAAUGUUUUUAUCCUGGAUGAGAAUGACAACAGUCCUGGGAUUCUUGCUCCUUAUUCUGAGCAUGGCUCUGUUCACACUGAGAACAUUCCAUAUUCUGCUGAAGCGGGCUAUUUUGUUGCCAAGAUCAGAGCUGUAGACUCGGAUUCUGGAUAUAAUGCACUGCUUUCUUAUCACAUCACUGAACCCAAAGGAAACAACCUCUUUCGAAUCGGAACCAGCAAUGGAGAGAUCAGGACUAAGAGGAGAAUGAGUGACAAUGACCUGAAAACUCACCCACUGGUCAUUUUGGUUUCUGAUAACGGAGAGCCUUCACUGUCAGCCACUGUGUCUGUUGAUGUUGUGGUUGUUGAGAGCAGAGAUGACAUAAAAACCCAGUUCAAACAUGUAGGACACAGCAAAAAGGAAGACAGUUUCUCAGAUUUAAACAUGUACUUGCUGAUUGCUGUUGGAUCAGUUUCAGUUAUAUUUUUACUGAGUCUGAUCAGUUUAAUAGCUGUAAAAUGCUGCAGGACAGAUGGCAGUUUUAGCAGAUACAGUGCCCCAGUGAUCACUACACACCCUGAUGGAAGCUGGUCUUACUCCAAAUCUACUCAGCAAUAUGACAUAUGUUUUAGCUCCGACACGCUGAAGAGUGAUGUGGUAGUUUUUCCUACGCCAUAUCCACCUGUAGAUGCUGAUCUAAUUAGUAUAAAUGAAGGGGACAAGUUUAUCCAAACACAGACACUUCCUAAUAAAGAUAAGAUGCUGAACUGAUAAGUAUAAAUGAUGGGGAUACAUUUAACAGAACACAAACACUUCCUCAUAAUGAAAAG